UGUGUCCUAAAAUCAUUUCCAUCUCGCCAUGAACGCCGGCGAGAAUACAUCCAUGGAUUGUGAAAAAUUGUAAAUCUCUAAAUUUUCAUUCCUAAAUAAGAAGGGAAAAUUAUUAAUUUAAACAUAUAAUUGGUAAAGACAAAAACAUUUAAAUAUUUCACACCACACUUUUAAAUAAAUUAUCGUCAUUACCAAUUUUAUUUUUAUAUCAAUAAGUGGAGACAUUGUAACAUUGCUCAACAAGAAAAGGUUGGUAAUUUUUAAAAUAAAGUAAUGUAAACAAUGGCAUUUAACCAGACUUGUCCACUCUAAAUAGAAAUUUUCAUUUCUAUUCAUUUCAUUGCAGUGGGAGAUCACUGUGCGCCAGUAACAGAAGGAAAGAACGAAGGUCAUGUCAGGGACUGGGAGUUAGAACACGGAAACAAGAGCUCGGAGCAGAUAAUCCAAAAACCAACUUUGUCUUCAAGUCCUGUCACCCUUCUCAUUGUUCUAUUAUCUUCGACGGCUGUUCAUUUCCGGAUAACUUUGUACCUUCUCAGGGUAUAUGCUUAAUGGAUAGUUCCUCGAUAUUCCACGAAUCUGCUCACAUUCUCCUACAAUGCACGAAUAAAGAUAUUCUUUCACUCUCAGAAACAUCCGCUGUGACUCAACGCAGAGCUUCAUUCAUUGAUGGCUGCUGGCCAUUCUCAAUCUUUCUUCCUUUCCAUGUACCAUCUUCCCUGUUACCCUUCGUUGUAACGCAUUCACCCUGCCAGCACCCAGGAACUUUGCAAACACUAGCUGCAUCAUUGUGGUUAUUUUUUCUUAUCUUUUCUGGGGUUCUCCCAUGGAGAGUCAUCUUUCGCCUUCUCUUGUUGUUAUCGCUUAUGAUGCCACUAAGGAUCGUGGCGUGCACGAGCUUAAACGAACCAUUGAUGAAGUCAGAAUGAGGGGUGACAUUCUUCACGGAGGAGAUAGACUUAUUGUUCUUGGAGUUCUUCAUAAAGUGCCUAAUCCCAUGGGGUACAUGAAAGUAUGCCCUGAUUCUUUUGGUGGAGCAAGCGCUCGUGUCGUGGAAGAGGAAGUUACAAAGAGAAUUGAUGUAUAUGUAAACAUGCUCCUACAAAGUGCUGAAGUUUGUGAAGAUGAAAGGGUCACUAUUGAAGUUAAAAUUACAGCAGGAACUCCCAUGAAGCAGGUCAUUCUUCAAGAAGUUGUACAUUACAAAGCAACUUGGGUCAUACUGGAUAGGCACCUUAGAAGGGAUUUGAAGUUUUAUCUUAAACAGAUACCUUGUAAGGUUGCAUUAAUCCAGGAUAACUUAUCUGUGCAACUUAAGAGAUCUCACUCCGCUAACGAAACAGAUCCUGUAGAACAUAAGUCUUUCUAUUCCAUGUCUAAACCUGUGCUGCUGUUGAAUUGUCAAGGUGGUGAAACUGAUGGGCAGUCUGUUAUCUCCUGCAGAAGCUACUCGUUGUCUACUAACUCCCUUGAAAGUUAUGAUAUGCAAAGGGCCAAUUUGUUACCUUCAUAUUCACAUGGAUUACGUGAACAACAUAAAUCAGACAAAAUAUUGUCUUUUCCAGGUACAUACAACAAAUCAGAAAUUAACCAUCUGGCUCUCAAUAAAACUUUCUCUCGUCGUCACACAAUGGAAGCUCCUAUUCUUUGUGCUGCAUGUGGGGCAAGCACUGAACUGUAUAUCAAGGAUGCAAUGAGAUUCACUUUUUCCGAGAUUCAGCUUGCAACAGAGGAUUUUUCAAAGGAGAACUUAUUAGGUGAAGGUGGCUAUGGACAUGUAUAUAAGGGUGAGCUUAAAGAUGGGCAGCUAAUUGCAGCAAAGGUACGCAAAGAAGCAAGCACACAAGGCUUUGCAGAAUUUCAGUCUGAGGUAUAUGUCUUAAACUUAGCCCGCCAUAAGAACAUAGUCAUGCUAUUGGGUUUUUGCUGUAAGGAGAACCUUAACAUCCUGGUUUAUGAGUAUAUCUGCAACAAGUCUCUGGAUUGGCAUUUAUUUGAUAAGGCGGCAGAUAUUAUUGACUGGCACCAAAGGUAUUCUAUUGCCACUGGGACUGCAAAAGGGUUGCGAUUUCUGCAUGAAGAAUGCCGUGGUGGUCCUAUCAUUCAUCGAGACGUGCGACCUGGCAAUAUAUUGCUUACACAUGAUUUUGUUCCAAUGCUGGGGGAUUUUGGCCUUGCCAGAUGGAAGACCACUGAUGAGGUGCAAACAAGGGUACUUGGCACACUGGGGUAUCUUGCUCCAGAGUAUGCAGAAAAUGGUAUUGUUUCCGUGAGAACAGAUGUCUAUGCAUUCGGCAUUAUUCUCUUGCAACUAAUCUCAGGACAAAAAGUAGUUGAUCCAAAAAGAGAGAAAGGACAACAAUCACUUCGACAGUGGGCAGAACCACUGAUUGAGAGGCUUGCUCUGCAUGAACUCAUUGAUCAACGUAUAAGCGAUUCAUAUGACACAUAUGAAUUGUACCUCAUGGCUAAAGCAGCAUUACUAUGCAUACAAAGAAACCCUGAAAUGCGACCAUCAAUGGGAGAGAUUGUGCGUCUUCUUGAAGGAGAAAACAACCACAUUCAUUAUUUGGGAGGGGAAGCCAAUCAAUAGUGGCAGUAGUUACAAUGAAGAAGACAGAGAUGAUAUAGCAAAUCUUUCAAGAGGAACUGUGAGCUAGGUUCAGCUCUACUAAAUAUGAAGAUUUUGAUGAAGCCUUGUCCAAAAUAAGCAACCUGGCUUAUUACAUAACUACCAACAUGAGUUUGAAAGAUUGUGCAAUCGAAUUCAAGAAUAGUCACAGAAAGCAUUGCUGAGAACUUUUAUAGCAUGACCAAAGAUAGCUUAUGAGAUACAAAUAUUUUGACCCAGGCUUGUGCAUGAAGCCAUGAAUUCUAUGCAGGCGGAAUGUGACUUGAGAUGUGGCUAAAGCUUGCCGAUUUAUUUUAUAGUUUGUUUACUUUCUAUGUAGUUUGUUUUAUGUAUUAAAUGAUCCAUUCAGUUAUGAAACAAAGGCAAGCUUAUA